GGGUUACCAAGGCAUCUAGGCAAACAGUAGCUGAAGAGAGAGCUAGGCUAGCAAAUCUGCUACAUAAUCUUAUGUAGCUAUGAUAUAACAUCUGUCUCCCUCUUCCCCGACUUGAAUGUAAAAACAAGGGAAUUAAUUCGAAGUCCCGACUCCAGACUAUUACCUCUGGUUUCUAGUCUUUCCAUUGUGUGGCCUAAAAACAUAAUUUGUUUCCCUUUUGGAUCAGCUCAGUCUGGAAGGCAGCUAACUUAGUUACGUUAACGUUAGCUCCGCAGCCGUCAUGGCUGAAUUAGGGUUUAAUGAACACCAUCAGAAUGAAGUCAUCAAUUACAUGCGAUUUGCUCGUUCAAAGAGGGUCCUGAGGCUCAAGACCAUUGACUCCUGCUUUGAGGAGCUUAAAGAUAGCAGGCUGGUAGAAGAAACCUUCACAGUGGAUGAGGUGAGGGAUAUGCUGGACGGGCUACAGGCGGUGGUACGUGGGGAGGUGGAGAUGGAGCUCAUCAACACAGCCCACACCAACGUACUGCUGCUCAGGCAGCUCUUCUCCCAGGCCGAGAAGUUUUACCUACGGCUGCAGAGUGAUAUCUCGGAGCUGGAAAACAGGGAGCUGUUAGAACAAGUGGCCGUAUUUGAGAAGACUGACUUUAAAACCACAGAUAAGAUAAACCAGGAAACAAGCAAACCCAAGUUGGCCCCAUUGAAUGAAGGUGGGGUGUCCGAACUUCUUAACAAGGAGAUAUCAAGAUUACAGGAGGAAAAUGACAAACUGAAAGCCAGGCUCCGGACUUUAGAAACCCAAGCCAUGAGUGCACUAGAUGAGAGAACCAGGGCAGAGAGAGCUCUGAAAGACCUGCAGAAGGUGCAAGGUGAACAGCAGAUGGCCGCUCAAUCCCAGGAGAUCAGCAGUCUAGAGAACACAGUGGCAGCCCUGAAGGAGGACUAUGAAAGAUCUCUCAGUGCCACUGCUGCAUCCCAGAAGGAUUUGCAGGAGAACCUGAUCUCUGCCAAACAUGAGCUUCUGCGAGUGCAGGAGCAACUGGCCUUGGCAGAGAAGGAGUUGGAUAAGAAGUUCCAGCAAACUGCAGCCUACCGCAACAUGAAGGAGAUUCUGACCAAGAAGAAUGAGCAGAUCAAAGAAAUCAGGAAACGAUUGCAGAGAUACGAACCCAAUGAAUGAGCCCUACCACAGACAGAUGGUUUAACAGAUGUCCAGAGUAAGACAGGACCAAAAUUUAUGAGUGUGGUUUGGACAAAAAACCACCAGUUCCACUGCUGUGAGACAAGAGAGAAAAAAACACACUUCUUCGAGGUUUAUUCAUACUUUAUCUGGCAUCUUCAGUAGUCAUUCACUUUAGCAAAAAGCCGUAGCAGGGAGGUUGGCCUGCAUACGCGCACAACUGAACACACACACGAAGUAGUGACAAAUGGCAGCCUUCUUCAGCCAUGUUUUGUUUUUUUUUGUUUUUUUUUUAACAUCUGAAUUUGGAGCUCAUUGAUAGUAGCUAGCAGAUCUCCCUCAGUGCUCUAUGCAAUUACUAACAUGUCCCCGUUUGAAGAGGCCUUGUCGGUGAAUUUGACAGAUACGUACUGUCUGCCUGAAGUUUUGCAGUUUUGUUUAUCCAGUGGUUACAGGUAAUAUUUAGCCGUCUAGCACCAGGUAAUUGAUAUUAUACUGAUCAGUCUUAAUUUUAGCAGCUGCUUUUGUUCGUCACAUCCAGUCAGGUUUCAAUCAAACCCCUAGACACUUUCUUUAUUAAUGAGGAACAGCUCAGUCAAAAAAUCUUGACCCUUUGAGGUCACUCUUGCUUCAGUUUGUUACCUAAACAUUUAAUUUCACAUAGAAGUGGAUCCAACGAUCUUAGUCUUUUUUAAUGCAUUUCUUCUUUCUGAUCCUACACCUUGAAUAACAUGGACGGGGAUCUAGAAUGGUUCCCCUACUUCCCAGAACAUAGAAUAUUUUUGUCUUGUACUUUUGGUAUUGCUGUGGAUGCUGGAGUUUAAGAGAUAAAACAAAAAAAAAAACAAAAACAAAUAUAUACAUGAUGUUCAUGAAGUAAUGCUCUUGUAGAGUAUGAAGCAUCUGCCCUAUAGUUACAGUAGAUGUGCAUUUGUUUGUAUUGUGCAAAGUAUGGGGAAAUAAAAGCUGCCACCAAAUUUA